AUGCCCAAACAUCUAGAGAACUUUCCUUUACAUCCAGAACGAAACGAAAUCCGUCUCCUCACCAUCUUACCCAGCACAAAGGCUGAAUCCAUAAUCAGGUGCUCUCUUGAGUCUGUAUCAUUGGAUAAUAGCCCUGAGUUUAAGGCUAUUUCGUAUGUCUGGGGAGAUGCCUCAAAGAAGACAGAUAUUAUCAUCAAUGAUACCCUCUUUUACGUGACACGGAGUGUGGAUAAAACGCUGCGUCUCCUUCGCCGUAAGGACCGGCGACGAGUAGUAUGGAUCGACUAUGUCUGCAUCAACCAGCAUGAUGUCCCUGAAAAGAACACACAAGUCCCAUUACUUGGUCGUGUCUAUAAGAGCGCGUCUGCGGUUAUUGCUAUGAUGGUGAAUAGUAACAUGGAUCUACGUGCUGCGAUUUCCUGGAUAAAGGCAUGCAAGCCGGGCCGGGUCACUCGGGAAACACUUGCAUGGCGUGUCCUGGACACACUGAGCCAAUACUGCCAGAAAGCUCGAGUUCAAAGGGCGAAGCGACUGGUCAAUGUGUACGAUCAGUUCCGGCUCGUCAGGGAUGACCCUUACUGGGCACGCAUGUGGACAUACCAGGAAUACCAGCUGGCCAAAAACGAUCCAGUUUGCAUGAGUGGAUCACUCACAUUUAAUCAUAGAUUAAUUGCCUUUUUCGCCAGUGUCGGUCUUAUGCAGGCAUGCUGGAGUGAUCAGGAAUUUCAGCAACUAUUUAAAAGAAGGUACGGUCAGACGGAGUUGUUCAGCGAGCUCUCGAAUUUCUGUCAGCCACUUGAACGAUACAACCAUGAAAAUGCCCUGCAUCAUCUUCGCAAGACAUUGCAUCGACAGUGCAAAGAUCCCCGAGACAGGGUGUACGCAUUGUACAGUUUGCUUCCUUCUCUACAAGCCAAGCACCCCCCGGACUACAAUAAGCCACUUGAGCAGAUCAUGCACGAAACAACAGCAUUUAUCAUGACACAGGAAGGGCCGGUUGCUCUGAACAUCUUUAAACCCCGGGAAUACAAUGUUUCAUCUGGUUGCUCAUCUUCUUAUCCUUCCUGGGUUCUCGAUUUUGGUUGUGCUACGGAGUCUCUGGGUGACCCCAUUCGUGACUACGGCUGGUGCUCGGAGGCCUGGAAGCCAUUACCAGUGACCACAGACGACCUGUCCACUAUGACAAUUUGUGCUCGUCGCAUCGGCUCUUGCUCCCCAGUUAUACAACUGGCCUCUACAAUGCCAGAUAUCAUCGAUCAAUUUGUUAGCAUCACAGAUGUACGCUAUGAUACCUGGGGGAGCUUAGAAUCCAGGCGUCUAAGUCUCGUGCAUACGUGCCUGGCUUAUACUCAUCUUUACGCCAAGUUUACACAUGAUCGAAGCGCCAAAACAACAGAGACAUUCCAUCUUCUCCAUGAGAUUGACAUACGUCGCGCAAGCAACCCUUGGUGGAAGGAGCUCUGUGAUGUUCUUCCGUCGAAUUCCGGGAAGAUUGUUUUCGGAGUGGAUGAUCCGAUAGUUGAAGGGUUCGGGAUCAGCGGACCUAAUGUGCAGGAAGGAGACGUGGCAGUGAUGGCUUCUGGAGUGCUGGUGCCGCUUAUACUUCGUCCUUAUCCGGAAAACAACGAGCUCUAUUAUCGCCUAGUGGAUAGAGCCUACAUUCCCUUGAUGUCCGAAUUUGCUACAUCAGACCGCAGGUUUGACCAUGCUCGGUUCUUAGAACGAGAUCACUACGCCGACGACGUCUCCAUCGUCCACACCCUAAUUACCUCCCUGGUAGACCAGGGCGAGCACAUCCUCAUGCCCAUGCACUCCUACGGCGGCGCCAUCGGCGCCGACGCCAUCCAAGACCUGGACCAACUCACCCGGGCAGGCAAAAACUUCCCUGGCGGGAUCAUCCACCCCCUCUACCUGCAUAACGGCUCUACAUACCCCGUCGUUCCUGUCCAGCUGUUCCUGGGCGAUUGCGAUAAGGCGCAGGUGUCUGAGACACUGAAGCAUCCUAUUGGGAGGCCGCUGAGUGCGUUUCACACGCUGGCGACGGCGGAUGCGUCGUGGAGGGUGUCGGUUACGUAUGUGGCUAUGACGAAGGAUUAUUCGGUCCUGAAGGGGUAUCGGGAUUUUAUGUUGGGGAGGGUGAAGGCGUAG